AUGUCGAACGAAACCAUCCCACUGGCCCGCUCCACCCGCCUAUUGGGCGUAUGGAUCGAUGACCGUCUUAAUUUCUUAUGUCAUCUGAACAAUAUCCGUAAAAAUACCGUAAACAAUAUCCUCCGUAUUAUGACUAACAAAACCAGCCUAGCACAUCGUGACUCUCUAUUCCGGUUCCUCCACGGCUGGCUUAUUCCCUCAGCCCUUCAUGGGAUCGGUAUCGUUAGUCUAGCCACAGAUGAAGUGAUAAAAAAGAUAGAACCACUGUACAAUGACUGUGUCAGAAUCAUAAGCUCCGCCUUCAGAUCAAGUCCAAUCCCAUCACUGAUGGCCGAAAGUGGACAACUACCCUUCAUCUAUCUCCUUACUAAACAUCUUUCCUUGAAAGCUAUAAGGGCACUCGCUAACGGUGGCUCCAGAGAUUCCCCACUAGUUGAAAGAACUAACACACUACUAGUCAAGCUCAACGGUGAGCCUCUUCCCCCUAUCUGUACAAGAAACGGCCCAUCAAUAAAAUAUUGGAAUGACACUAAUCCUAAAGUAGAUCUGAGCCUAGGCAAAGUAAUCAAAGCCGGCAAAGCCUCAGCAAUCGUCCUACCACACUUUUAUCAACUCGUACAAGACAAAUACUCAAACUCCCCACACAUCUAUACCGACGGCUCUAAAACCGUUGAUGGAAAGGUUGGUUGCGGCAUACAUGACGGAAUCUGUAAUAGAAGUUUGCCCCUUCCGGGCCAAUGCUCCGUCUUCAGUUCAGAAUCCUACGCCAUGCUUGAUGCCGUUCAGAAAUCUACCACAGACACCGUCAUCUUUUCUGAUUCGGCCAGUGUUCUCUCUGCGUUGGCAGCCGGCAACCUAAAGCACCCCUGGAUCCAAUCUAUUUUUCACCUAGCUCCUAUUAAAAACAUCACACUCUGCUGGAUACCGGGUCACUCCGGCAUUCCAGGUAACGAGUCAUCCGAUCGACUUGCCUCAGCCGGCUCCAAAAUUACUCCCCCCACUAUUCCCAUCCCGCAAUCCGAUGCCACUCGAACCAUUAAAAACCAGAUACUCGAAGCCUGGGAAAUCGAAUGGGCUACGAACAAUCGCUCGAAGUUGCGAGAGAUCAAAAACACGACGCAAAGAUGGAUUGACAGAUCCAGCAAUUCCGAAAGAAGAGCUUUAACUCGACUCCGCAUCGGCCACACGCGGCUCACCCACGAAUACAUAAUGGCCAAAGAUAACCCUCCUACCUGCAAUUCGUGUCUUACCCCUAACUCUAUCAAACAUAUCCUUACCUCCUGUCUCCAAUACCAUAACCUAAGAAUAUCCUGUUCCCUCUCACCAAACCUCCGACAAGCAUUAUCCAACUGUCCUGAAGAGGAAAAGAAAAUUAUAUCCUUCCUCAACACAUCAAAACUCCUCCAUAAACUCUAA